CUCGUCGGAAUCAGUUGUGCGGUAGAAACGGUCGCGGUCGCGCGUUCGCCGCUGAGUUUGCGGCCAGUGUUGUGUCUAACUCUGACCUUUUGCCAACCCCAUAUCCAAACACGAUUCUCGUGUUCUUGUGCAGCAUCAGAAUAUUUCUGUGUUCUUCCACAUCUUUUUCAUCACCUUCUCCAAAUUCUGAACUGUGCCUGAUUGCACCGCGAGAGUGGAGCAGAAACAAUUUACAAGUUCAACGUGCCAGUGUUGAUUUCAAUUUGACUACCUCGCCAAUGAUGUGCAUUUGUAAUUAGAAUAUCGUCAAGAUCUGGCCAAUUAAGAAGUGUGGCUUAAGAACAACCGAGUGGCAAUUACCGUUGAGAUUUUUGAAGAGAGAGAGAGAGUGCAAUUAAAGCUGUGCGUCACCUUUCAACAUUCUAAGGGACAUCUGAGAUAUGCCACCGAGGAAAAUGGAGGGCGGAUAUAUCAAUGAAGAUAUGGAUCCUGAUGUUGAUUCUGAUGAAGGUGGGCAGCUGAAGACGAAGAACGGCCAGAAGUACGUGGUGAAUCACAAACCAGCGGGAUACUUUGUCACCAAAGGGUGCAUCGCCCUGAUGGCUUGUGCAGCGAUUCUUGCUCUGGUGGCGGUUUUCCUCCUGACCUACUUCCUCGCAGUUCCCAGGUGUGAUGCUUCCACGGAGUCCCUCACGAAUGAAACAGUGAGCUCAGCAAGCAUAUUUAGCCCUUCGCGUGGCGCGAAGCCGAAGCAGAAACCCACCUCGCCUGAAGAUGACUUAAUGGACGAAGAUGAGACUCUGAGUGAUCAAAAUUAUGAGAGUUUCAACUCCAAAGAGGACAAAAUCCACCUCUACGAGGGAUGGAACCCAACGAGAUACAGAUUAAUAAUAGAGCCCAAUAUCGAGAGAUCCAUCAACAAUGGCAGCGUGUGGAUCGACGUGACAAGUGAUCCGAAGGUUCAUGGCAUCCAGCCGAUUAUCCUGGACAUUUACCUGAUAGACAUCAUUGAUGUGCACGUCCUGGAGGUCACAGAAUCCAAUGGAACCACCCCAGUUCAGAUUGAGACCAACAGUGACAGCAAUUCGACGCUCUGGAUCUAUGUGAAGAAGGACUUCAGGAAGAACUCCGCACCAGUGCGGCUGAGGGUCUUCGUGGAGUUUAUCAGCCGCUUGUCGGACACAUUGCAGGGCUUCUACAAAGUCAACUAUAAGGACGACAGCAGUGGGGAGUCGAAAUGGCUGGCGAGCACGCAAUUUUCACCAAUUGAGGCGAGAAGGUGUUUCCCCAGCAUGGACAGGCCGGACAAGAAGGCCGAAUUCGAGAUUUCCAUCGUGAGGCCGUAUGAGAAGAGCAUGGUCCUCUCGAAUAUGCCUCACAUGUUCUCAAACACUCACCGGCCAGGUUAUGUGCAGGAGGACUUCCAAAUGACUCCGAGGAUGUCCACUUACUUGGUGGCUUUCAUCGUGUCCGAUCUCGUGGAAUCCAACACUACCAGUGCCCUUCAAGACUCCCCGCGAAUCAGAGUGUGGUCGCGACCAGAAAUGUCCGAUAUGACAGGCUAUGCUCACAAACUGGCCUCCGAAAUACUGCCAUUCUUUGAGAAUUACUUCAACAUCAAGUUCAAGCUGCCGAAGAUUGAUUUGGUGGCUGUGCCAGACUUUGGAUUCAGCGCCAUGGAGAACUGGGGACUCAUAUUUUUCAGGGAAUCUGCAAUGCUGGUGCCCGAGGACAAAGAGCGUCGCUCAUCCGCUAAGCACACGGAGCAUGUGGCGAGUAUCUUGGCGCACGAGCUGGCACAUCAGUGGUUUGGGAAUUUGGUCACGAUGAAGUGGUGGUCAGACUUGUGGCUGAAGGAGGGCUUUGCCAACUACAUGAGCUACUUGGCGCUGGAAAGUGUGGAGCCCACGUGGCGAUCCAGGGAGUCCUUUGCCGUGAAUGAGCUUCAGCACGCCAUGGACAAGGACUCGGAUCUGACCUCUCAUCCCAUCUCCUUCGAGGUGUCCACACCGUCGGACGUUCGUAGGAUCUUCGAUCCCAUCUCUUACUCGAAGGGCGCAUCGCUAAUUCGCAUGAUGAAUAGUUUCUUGGGUGAGGAGGCGUUCAUCUUCGGUGUGAGAUCGUACUUGAAGCGCUUCGAGUACUCGAAUGCCGUGCAGAAUGAUUUGUGGCAGAUCAUGUCAGAGAUUGGCCACAAAUUCCAAGUUCUGCCGCCGGAAUUGGACGUGAAGAACAUCAUGGAUGCCUGGACGCUGAAAGCUGGUUACCCCAUGCUGACUGUCGUGCGCAAUGGCUCAGAUCUUGUCAUCACUCAACAACGAUACAUGCUGCCGAGGGCGAAGGCAAAAGACAAGUCUCGAUGGUUCAUCCCAAUCACAUACAGCACAAAAUCCGCCCAAGCGCACAGCGAGACGCCCGACUACUGGAUGACGGAUCGCGAUGAGCAGAUUGUGAUUCCCAACGUGGUGGAGCCUGACGAGUGGGUGUACCUAAAUGUGAACCGCACGGGAUACUAUCGCGUCAAGUAUGACUACGAGUCUCUGACCCAACUUUCGCGCCACUUCGAGCAGCUUCCAGAGAUCACGCGUGCUCAGCUGAUUGAUGACGCCCUCAAUCUCGCUCGUGCGGAAUAUGUGCAGUACGAUAUUGCGCUGACAUUCCUCAUUCGGAUGGGGCACAGUCUCACCGACGUGCUGCCCUGGGCCGCAGCCACGCGUGGUCUGGAAUACCUCACAGACAUGCUGAUUCGGGAGCCUGCCUUCGACACAUUCAAAACCGUCAUGCGACACAUUGUGCUGCCGGCGUUCCAACACUUGGGUUUUGACGAGAAAGAUGACGAGAACCACGUCCAACUCCUCCACCGUGCCAGAAUCGUGCGGCUUGCGUGUACUUUUGACUACGACCGAUGCACCAACCGUGCCCAGUUCCUCUUCCGGGAGUGGAUCAGAGUUCCUAAAUUGAACAACAUAAAGCCCAACUUGAAAGACACCGUCUAUUGCGUAGCCAUUCGCGAGGGUGGCGUGCACGAGUGGAGAUUUGCGUACAAGCAAUACCUGGAGACGACGAGUGCAUCUGAGAAGGAGGUUCUACUAAACGCCCUUGGCUGCACGCGGGAUCCCUCACUCCUGUCCAAAUAUCUCAAUAUGACGCUCUACCCGGAGUCUGGCAUUCGUAAACAAGACGGAGCACGUGCCUUCUCGGCUGUGGCCAGCAAUAGUGUCGGCUUUGAGAUCGCCUUCGACUUCCUGCAGUCAAACAUUGAGCAGAUAUCACAGUAUUUCGGCGAUGGCUUCUCCAUUCUCUCGAAGAUGGUCAGCGCCGCGACCACGUACAUGAACAAGGAGCACCAUUUGGCCCAGUUCGAGCGCUUCAUUGCCAAGGCCAAGAAGCUCAACUUGAAGUCAAUUGAGAGCAGUGUGAAAUUGUCAAUAGAGCAGGUGAAGAACAACAUCUACUGGCGAUCACGAUCCUACUAUCAGCUGCAGGGAUUCCUGGACAAGCUCGUAUCAGAUUUGAACUUGAACUAGAAAUAUAGAGAUGCAUUUCUACUAAGAAGUCUACAAUGAUACUGUCUCUAAGUGUAGCUGUGUAAGAUGUAAAGUAACGAACAAUUGUAAUAAUUGUAUUUAUUUUUCUAUACGAGAAGCCACACACUCUGCAGCUGGCAGAGUGAGGUUUUCUAUUCUGCCACCAAAUUAUUUUUCUAACUCACAUAAUUAUAUUUUUUAUAAUUUUCGAGAUAAUAAGUCAAUCAUGUAAAGUCUAUGUCAAUGUGAUUUUCCCCCUUUACUAUGUGUAUUAAUUGAUAAGACGAAAGUAUAGUGUUUAGGAAGUGCUAAAUAGUCAUUUCGCGCGUUCGUGAGUAAAUCUUCCGACAAGACGGAGAAGGAUAAAUCAAUAUUUGAGUCAUUGAAUGCUGAUUGUAGACUUGAGCUUAGAGAGAAGCCUAGAAUGCUGUAAGGAAAGUCAAUGAUACGCUAAGUGAUAAAUAUUCUAUAUUAAUUAGAUGUAAUAAUAAGUCAUAACGCUUAUAGGAUUUACAAAUUGUAUUCAUUAAAAUAAAUUAUGAGGAAAAUAAACUUCUGUAGAAUACAG